AGACAUAAGAAAAAUGACAAGAGGUUUUCGUGAAAAACUAGGCGAAGGGGGUUGUGGUUCGGUUUACAAAGGGAAACUUCGAAGCGGCCAUGAUGUAGCCGUCAAACUACUCAACAAGACUAGAGCAAAUGGGCAAGAAUUCAUCAAUGAAGUUGCGACGAUUGGAAGGAUCCAUCAUGUAAAUGUGGUUAAACUUGUCGGAUAUUGUGCAGAAAGAUCCAAACGCGCCCUUGUCUAUGACUUCAUGCCUAAUGGCUCCCUCGAGAAGUACUUAUUUAGUAAAGAGACGAGUAAUUGGCUUAGCUUGGUGAGGAAGUUUGAGAUUGCAAUUGGAGUAGCUCGUGGAAUUGAAUAUUUGCACAUAGGAUGUAACAUCCAAAUCCUACAUUUCGACAUAAAGCCUCACAACAUACUUCUAGAUGAUAAUUUCACACCCAAAAUCUCCGAUUUUGGACUCGCAAAGUCUUAUUCAACGGAGAAUACAACGGUGACUCUCACUGCAGUUAGGGGAACAAUAGGGUAUGUGGCUCCUGAACUGAUGAAUAGAAGCAUUGGUCGUGUUUCUUACAAGGCCGAUGUUUAUAGCUUUGGAAUGUUAUUGAUGGAAAUGUUAGGGCUAAAUAGAUGUACGAGGCAUAAUGACAACAAAUCUAGCCAAUAUUUCCCAUAUUGGAUUUAUGAUCACUUGAAUGAAGGCAACGACAUCGAAAUUGGAAAUGCCGAUAAAAAUGACUAUGACGAUGAUGACAAUGAUGACGACAAUGCAAGAAAAAUGAGAAGAAAGAUGACAAUAGUUGGAUUGUGGUGCAUACAAAUGAGCCUGAUACGCGUUUUCCUCACACGCUAA